GCAAAGCUUUUGAUAGCAGAACCUCCAAAGCCAAAUUCUCGACGUCCAUUUUACUCCAUUUCCGAAUCCAAUUGAUACAGCAGUAACAAUGGCGUCUAGUUUGCAAGACACCCUGGUUACGUACGAGGAAUUGGCGGAGCUCGAGCUCGAGUUUGACGAUGUCGAGACGGAAAUUAUCCGUCACCAAGUGCAGUUGACACAACCCCUCUACGAAAAGCGCCACAAGAUCGUUGCGCAAAUCCCCAAUUUCUGGCCUCUGGUCCUGGAGCAGGCCCCGCCAGACAUCGACGAGUAUAUCCAGCCGUCGGACUCAGCAUUGCUCCUGGCGUGCCUCACCUCGUUGUCGGUAUCGCACUUCGAGAUCGAGAAUGGCGCCAAGGGAGACCCUAGAAGCGUCGCCAUCAAGUGGGAGUUCAGCGAGAACGAAUACUUCGAGGACCGCGUCCUCGAGAAGAAGUUCUGGUACCGCCGUGCCGAGGAUGGCUGGGCCGGUCUGGUCAGCGAGCCGGUGGACAUCAAGUGGAAGAAGGACAAGGACCUGACCGGGGGUCUGCUCAGCAUGGUUAAGCGCGUCUGGGACGAGGACCAGGCUCUCGAGAAGGCCGGCAAGGGCGGUGCCAAGGCUAAGGACAAGGAGCUCACGCCCCAGCAGAAGGAGUUGAAGAAGAAGAUUGAGGAAACCGGACUCGGUGGCUUGAGCUUCUUUGCCUGGUUUGGGUUCAGGGGUCAGAGGAUUUCCGCAGAGGAGAGCCGACUGGCUAUCGAGAAGGAGCAGAAGCAGCGGAAGCUCAGACUCGAGGGCAAGAAGGUGGAGCCAUCAGAAGACGAUGCCGACGACGACGACGACGACGAUGACGAGUUGGACGGUCUCGAAAUCUUCCCAGAGGGCGAUACCUUGGCCGUCACUAUUGCCGAGGAUCUUUGGCCAGGGGCUAUCAAAUAUUUCACCCAAGCUCAGGAACAGGACGCCUUGAGUGACCUUGAGUUCGAGUCCGACAUGGAACUCGACCUGGAGGAACUCGAGGAGGAUGGUGACGAGGCACCGCCAUCAAAGAAACGCAAGGCUGGUGGAGAAUGAUUACAACAUCAAUGUGGCCAAGGUCCUAUUAAGGAUCUUCUACAGGAAGCUAAGUUCGAGAUACCUCUGGAGAUUCCCUCCCCCGGCCUUACUAUAG